UCUUCCUUCGGAUUCACCAUGACCCUGAUUUUAACACUCGAUUACUAUAUACAAGUAAGUGAUACUCUGCUUCUUCUCUUCCCUUUUAGAUUUUCGUUUUUGGGAUCCUUCUUGCUUCGGCUUUGGUUAACUGUCAUUGAUCGCCAUUGAUGUUGUUGAAUGACUGCAUACGUUAUUUGAAUCUUUCGUCGUGCUCUCCAUGUUGUAUGAGAGUUUGGAUUUGUCUUUAUUUCGCAUUUCGAUGUUGAUUCUGUCAUGCCUAUUCUUUGUCUGCAACUUUAUCCAUGGUGAUGGAUAACUUUUGAUUUCAUCUUAUGAUGAGUUUAUUUCGCCUUCCUUGGUUGGAUUAGUUAAACCCAUGCCCAUAGUAUGCUUGUUUUUGCCCCCAAUUUGCUCUUGAGUCGACUGUGAUUUUCAAUCCGCCAUUGUUGACGGGAUGUUCUUCCUGUUGGUGUUAGGGAUAAUGAGACUUCCGAAGAAACCUAGCAUAAGGAUACGAGGCCUAGAUCAUCUGCUAGCCUCCUCGGCGCAUGGAUCAUCCUGAUUCUAUGCCUUCUCCUCCUCCUGAGAAAACUGAGGUACUUGCUGGUACUGAGAUGGUUGUGGUCCCGGAGGCUGCUGUGGAUCUUGAGGCUAUUCCGCACUCUGAUGCAGGAGAGGUUUCCGUUGAGGUUCUUCCUCCUCCUCCACCCCACUACGAACUCCAGAGACUGCAGCUUUCUGACAAAGAUAACUUCACUCAUUUGUCUUUGGCUGAAAUCUCCAAGUCUUUUCGUCUUCAUAAAUUUCAGAUCUCCUUUGUUGAUAGCCCUGACGUGCUUACGGAGUCUUUGAUCCAGAGAUUUCCUUAUGAUGAGAAUAAUUUGUUGAUCAGUGUUGGUCAGUUGGCCGCAGGUCUGCUCCUACCCUUGUAUAGUAGAAAGGGUCCUUUCUACUAUGAUGUUUUAUCCAAUAGGGAUGACCAAACAAACAAAACUCAGGUCCGAAGGGUAGAACAGUAUAAUAGUAAUUAUUGGCGUGCCCUUCGCGAGUCUUGGUAACGUAGCAAGGUUAAUACUACUUAGAAGUCUUAUGAACCUUUUGCUCCGGGGAGAUCUAAGCAAGAGGAUUAUACUCCUGCCAAUUUCAACGCCACCUAUGUCGGCGCCAUUCAGAGAAGUAGUCUUCUUCUUUGGAGUGUUGGUCCUCGUCGUAUUCAUGUUACUGCUAAGCAUAUUAGGGAAGCUAAUACGCUUCGUUUGUUGGAGGAAAUCGACAAGACUGGGAUGACUGUCAUUACUUACUCUUCCAAGCUUCCGUUGCCGAAGGCUGAUCGCAUUCGAAAGGAUCAUGAUGAUCGUUGGACUCGUACACCCCUUCAUAUUAUUGGUCCCUGGGCUUAUGUCUUUACCUAUGCAUACCCCAAUGUUCCUCGUACAGCUUCGUCCUUGCCUGCUAAGUAUGAUGGAAAUCAGCCUUGGGUCUUCAACCCUGCUACUUACGAGCCUGCCCCUACUUCUUCAGCUGGGACUGCUCCGGGCUCUGCUAGUAAUUCUGUAACUGCUAGGACAAGAAAAAGGAGGGCUUCGUCUGAAGCUGCCAACACACCUGUGGAGGCUUCCGGGAAGAAGGGCAAGUUGAAAGCCGUGAUUGAUGUUGAUGAGUCUGAUGAGGACCCCGAGGUUGGUGAGGAAGAGCCUGAUGACCAGGACAUGUAGGACAGUGAGGAUACUGGCCCCAGUCCUCAUUUGGAUGAUAUGGAGGAAAAUUUUUCCAAGGAGAACCCCAGUCUCAUCCGUGCUGGCUCAAUGGAGGGUGAGAACCUCGUAGCUGGUGGUGAUGAUCCAUUUGUUAACCAUGUUAGUGUUCAAGCUCCAGCUCCUACUUUGUCUCCAAAGGUACCCUCGUUUUCUGCCUGUGGCGUAGCAUUGCAUGUUAUCUCGGCCACUAUUGGAGUUGUUGUUGUAGCUUCCAAGAGUCUUCCUUCGUCUCAUGCUACUUCGUUUCAAUCAAGUGGUUCGUUUUCUAAGGUUGUUACCCCGGUGGUAAGGGUUAAAAUCUCAGAUUCUCAGCCGAAGAAGAAGGUUGUGAUUUCACUGGGCAUCUUCUCCUUCAAUGCUAUGCCACCCUUGUUACGGAGCGCUCAAUCUGUUUCUAUUGCCCCUGUUAGAAAAGCUGUUGGACCUCCGCCUUCGUCACCAGACUAGACCGUACUGGGUAAUCUUCCUUCUGCUAGUGAUAUGGACUUAGGUGGUGCUCAAGAUUUUUCUUCAGUUCCCAGCUCAUCCACCAUGUCGUCUCUUCAUCGUGGUGAGGGCUCAGUAAUUGUGCCCCAUGUUCGCUCUCAAGAGAUUGACGGAGUUGUUGCUGAGUCUAGCAAGGGUAAGAUUCUUGAGAGCUUGAUCCUUGGUAGUUCUGAUGAUGCUAUUCUUAAAGCCAUUCUGCGGACUCGAAGGGCCCCUUUUCUGCUGAGGUUGAUCGUCAUCACCUGGAUAGCUCUUUUGAGGUGGCUUCGCAGUUGGAUGUGAUGUCUGCUCAAAAUCGUACGGCUAAGGAUCUCUUCUUUGAUCCGGAAUGCCUUCGCUCCAGUCAGAGCUUCGGUGAAAUCCGCAAGGGUAGCAUCCAAGAGAUAGAGUCUUUCAUCGGCACAUACGCUGAUUUCCUUCCCCAUCUCUCCGCGUUCUCAUUAAGUGAUUCUUACCUUAACGCUUCGCCUUUUGUUUUGAUUCUUCAUCUGUUCUUAUACUUCUUUGUUUGCAUCUUUGCAAACAGAUAGAUGUUAGUUGUACCAUGUUCAAGUUUUAUAGGGCUAAGUGUACUCACUUAAGUCCUCUGUUGGAGCGUGCUCGUCAAGAAUAUGCCCUUGUUAGCACACAACAACCUUCGUCUAGUGAUGUUGCUUCUGCUUCUAAGAUAUCUUCGUUGGUGGAUGACCUGAGGAAGACUCAGAGAUCCCUGGAGGCUUGUCUGUUGGCUCUUGGGACAAUGCUGCCAAAGUUGUUGAGGAUGGGCACAAGGCUGUUGAUUCUGCCUUAGCUGUUGAGUCCUCUAAAGCCAUAGGUCUCAAGGAACAGCUGGUUGGUGCAAAUGCCAAGAUCAAUUGUCUCGAUGGCCAGAUAUCCUCGAUGAAGAUAUCCCGUCAAUUUGACGUUGCUGCUAAGUUCAAGGCCGAGGCUUUUCAGCAAGCUAAUGAUCAGCUUAAUGCUCAAGUGACGGAGCUUCGUCAGAAGUUGGAUUCGGAUCUAGAGGUUCAGUCUUCUCAAAUGAAGAUACAAUAUGAGCGUUCAACCAUUGAUUACAUCAACGUUGCCUUUGCGGAAGCUGAGUUACAAGCUGAAGGAGUUAUCCUUCCUCGUCUUCCUUACCCUUGAUCUUGUCGUGUCUAGUAUAUCUUAACUGAACUUUUUGUUGUAUUAUUCCCCCAGUUGGGGCCUUUGUUAUGGUUUGAGCCUUUG